AUGGUUGGAAAUUCUAAAAAACCAAAAAAGCAGCUUAUUCCAAUUAAAAAUAAAUUUAAUCCCCCGCCGCCUCCAAAAAGACCGGGGCGACGUAAAAAUAUUCAAAAGGAGGAACCUGACAAUGAGGAGGAACCUGAAACAUAUUUAAACGAAAAUGAUUUGGACGCUUUAUUUGAAGAUGCUGCUGAAUCCAUUGAUAAUACAGAAGAAGAAUUUUAUAAAAGGCCAGAACCUCCUCCAGACUUUGAAAAAUGUGAUUUUGAUGAGGAUACUUAUAGAUGUAUUUAUUGUAAUUUAAAUUGUAUUUAUGCCCGUACUGAUAGACAUUUGAAGACGAAAAGACAUUUAGUUUUGAAACAGGCUCAUGAAGAAUCUGACAAAAGUAAAAAUCAAAAGAAUGAUAAUCCAUACCCCGUAAAUUGCCCAAAUGAUGGUUGUUACACUGCUAGCUCUCUUGGGAAGAAAUAUGUUUAUUGUAUUGAUUGUAAGAAGGAUCUGAUUAAUUUGAAAAGGGUUCUCUGGCCACAUAUGUUAUCUUUAGCACAUCAGAAUGCGCAGACUGGAGCAAAAAUCAAAAAUUCACUUCUAAAAAGUGCCAAUAAACAUCGCCUCUCUAAUAUUCAACUCAAUCGUAGAAAAUCUGUUGGAUUAGUUGUUAAAGUUGCGGAAGAAGAAUCUUCAUCGUCAUCUGAAGAAAGUGAAGAUGAUGACAUUAUAUCUACAUCAUCUCUUGGCAAGGAAGAAUCUUUUAGUCGUUAUCUUGAACUCAAAAAAACAUUCAAAGAUUUGUGUUAUUGUAUUUAUUGUAAAGAACACUUUCGACUAGUACGCAGAGAAAGGCAUUUAGAUUUGCAAAAACAUGUUUUGAAUAAGCAGAAUUAUAAAGAAAACGAGAAGAAUAAAGGCCGGUCCACUUUUAAUGAAGAUGAGACGUUUGGUCCCACAAAUUGCUUCGUGAAAUCCAAAGAAGGAAAGAAGCUUGCUUUUUGUAUUUAUUGUAAAACAAGUUACUCUACCAAACGAAAAAGCAAUUUAAUUGAUCAUGUUAAAACAACAAAACAUCGUUUGGCUCUGGUAGCUGUUAAAGGUGAAACAAUUCAACAAAAUAGCAAUGAAGAAAUUAUUUUAAAUGAGGAUGUAGAAGAAAUUGAAGAAUUAUCAGAUGAUUCUUGUGGAAUAAUUGGUAGAGAUGACGCUGAAGACAGUGAUUCUAGCAUUUCUUUGGAUGAAUUGGAAAGUGUUGCAACAAAACUUGCUGCAUAUCUUAGUCAAAAAAGGCGACGAAGGAAACGAAUUGGUGCUUACAAAGGAACGAAAUCAUUCAAACAAGAACCGUGUGAAUCAUGA